AUGGCGGGGGAACUCUUCGUGGACGGGCAGCCCCCGGAGUUUUCCGUCUUGCUGGAGCUGCUCUGCCCGCCCUGCCUGGAGUCCGAGCCUAGCAACGGCCCACCCCGCAAUCCGGGAGGCGUCGGGCUAGAAACAGCCGCCAACGGAGAAUCCAGGUUUGAGCCCUUCAGCAGCAUGGCUUGCUGCCUCCAGUCCCCGGACAGCAAAGCCUUCAGCUUCUUGCAGGAGACUGCCCAACUUUUCUCCCAGCCAGAGCCGAUCAGCAGCAAACUGGGGAGGCCUCUGCGGCAGGCGGGACUAGCCAUGAGUCCUAGGUGUAGCGCCACGGCACCUCAAGGCGACUGCUUCUCCCCUGCCCUGGCCUCUUUCAGUGCCUUGGAUGCCUUGAGCCUUAUCAGCCUUCAUUGCUCCAGCCUCGAGUCAGAGCCUCUAAAUCGGAUCGAGUCCCCAGAAGCUGCGCAAGAGAGCCCCCCGUCUGCCCUCUCCAAAGACCACAGUAGCAAGUGUCUGUGGUCAGCCUGUGUGGAGGAGCCCAGGGCAGCACAGCUGCAGGUGACAAGCAUUCCCGACAAGUUUGAGCCUCAGGGGCUCAGGAGGAGAGUCUCCCGCAAGCAGCCUACACCUAGGCGGAGCUGUGAGAGCCUGGACCCGGCCUUCCGAGGGGUGGCGUUUCAGAUGCAGCUGCUUCCCUGCCAGAGCGAUUCCGAGGGUUGUCGGCUCUUUAUUAACGCCAGAUACAGCAGUGAAAAACUUAGGAAAAGACGCCGAGUCCCUUUAGCAAAAGAAGAGUGCAGAGCUGGCAGUUCGAAGGAAGAAGAAGGAUGUCUCUCUACUCACAGGAAUAGGUGCUGUGCUUCUUGCAAGACCUGGAAAACACCACUGUGGAGAGUUGCUGAAGACGGGACCCCUCUCUGCAAUGCUUGUGGCAUUAGGUACAAAAAGUACAGAAUUCGAUGUUUUCAGUGCUGGUAUAUUCCAAAGCAUGGAGGGAAACCCUACUCAUAUUGUUCCAAUUGUGAAGGGAAAUUGCAUGUAGGAGCUGCCCAGCAGAAUCUGGAAAAAGAUGUGGAAACGUCUUAAGGCUUUGCAGUUAGCUGGAUACCAAAAGAGAUCUUGGGGAAUCUGACCAACUUGACUGAGGGGCCUGGAUGGACAGCUAGGUGGAUGUUCAUUAGAUAUGUUUACCAAGGUUCUACGGAUGUAGGUUUUUGGUUUAUCUGUUUGUUUUGUUCCUUGUUUUGAAGUUGCAGCACUGCCACAUGUUGACUGUUUGCUUGCAGCGUGUUUGGGAGGAGGCAGGAAAGAAUCUGAAACUGUUGCAAGGGAAGAGGUGUUUCAAUUAAAAUUUCAGGCAUUUAAGCAAUUGGAAGACAGAUAUGCUGAAAUCUCUUUCAAGCAAUGACUCCUGCCACUGUGUAUUGGAUUUGGCAUCUGCACCACCCCACCUUGCAACAAUGGGGUACUAAUAGUGCCAUUUACAUUCUUUAAGGAGGAAUUCACACAAAGCAUUCUCCCAAAAUGUAGCCUUUGAGUACAGGUGGGGGAAUUUAUUUUAAACAAAUAAUGCCUCCCCUUACCCCUUUGAAUGCAAGAGAUCAAUUAUUUUUUCUUUUCUUUUUCUUUUUUUUCCCUUUUAGCAAUAGUCACCUCUAAUGAAGCUCCUGAUGGCGUUUAUAUUUUGCACAAAAUGUACCAAGUGUAAAUACAUAACAUUUUUGCUAUGCAAUAUUGUUAUACUUGGUGAAAAGGUUUGUUAGUGAUGCUGAUAAACAUCCUUUGAUAGUACAAAUGCAGCAAGUGUGACAGUUUGA